AUGGCCGAUCGAACACUCAGCCUUCUCAGCCUGGACGGCGGCGGCAUCCGCGGUCUCUCCUCGCUGCAUAUUCUCAAGCACUUGAUGGAAUGUAUCAACCCGGAGGAUCCGCCCAAACCAUGCGACUAUUUUGACAUGAUCGGGGGAACUGGAUCGGGAGGGUUGAUAGCGAUCAUGCUUGGUCGACUGAAGAUGGACAUUUACCAGUGCAUCCACGCCUACAAAAGACUGAUGCAGCAUGUCUUUACGCGGAAGCGCCUCUCUCUGGGGACAGGACUCGGAUCGAAGGCGAAAUACGACAGCCGACGACUGGAGUCAGCACUCAAGACUAUCCUGAAAGAACUGGGGUACGAGAAGGAUGCACUGCUGCGAGACGCCGAUAUUACAUGCAGGGUAUUCGUCUGCGUCACCGACGACAGUUCCGAGAAACUGCUGUCGCUGACCAGCUACCCAAGCAAGUACAGCUCGAAUGAGCUCUUCAAGAGCGCGCGGGUGUGGGAAGCCACCCAAGCGACCUUUGCGCACACGGCGCUCUUCGAGCCCGUGACCAUCGGUCCUAGCAGUCGCAAGUUCCACGACAGCACCAAAGAGGCCGGGAACCCGAUCCGCGAGGUCUGGAUCGAAGCCAAGGGCGUUUGGCCGUCGGGGACCCUGGAACGGCAGCUGCGGUGCAUGGUUUCCAUCGGGGCGGGGACGCCGUCGAUCAAGCGGUCGACGGGACGUGGCUCGUUCGGGAUGAAGAAGAAGGUGUCCGGUGAUGCGGCAAACACUGAGGCUGAGAUGAACAAGUUUAUCCAGGAACAUAGCGAGCUGGAUGAUGACGGCCGGCUGUUCCGGUUUGAUGUCCCCAAUGGAUUGGCGGAUAUCAAGCAGGAUGGGGUCGGGGAGAUUAGCACGAUUGUUGACGAGACGCAGAAUUACCUGACCAAGGAGCUUGUCUAUAAGCAGCUGAGGAAGUGUGGGAAGGCUCUUCGGGGGAUUUGA